AGAAGAUCGAGUUUAGGCUCCUCAAUCAAUCCUCAAAAAAUCCAGAAGACAGCAGAAGAGCAAAUCAAGACAUUUAUUUUGCAACAUUCUCAAAAAAAUAAAUAAACAUCUCAUUUCUUAAAAAAAAAAAAAAAAAUUGGGGAUCCUUUUAAACUUUUUGCCACUUUUGAACUUGACUUGCUGCGCUUCAACAAGGAGGCAGUCGCACAUUUUCGCUUCUCUUUUUUCUCUGUAUCGGAUCAAACACUUAUUUUCCACCGAGAAUGUUUCCAGAGGCAAACAAAGGCUACACCUAUGAGGACUGCAAGGCCACCGCCGAUUGGCUGCUGGCCCAGACGGCGGUCCAGCCUUUGGUGGGCAUCGUAUGCGGCUCGGGCCUGGGGGGGCUGGCCGACAUGCUGAAGGACCAGGUGGUGUUUAACUACAAGGACAUCCCCAACUUCCCCCAGAGCACUGUGCACGGACACGCUGGACGCCUGGUUUUCGGCACCAUGAAGGGGAGGGCGUGUGUGUGCAUGCAGGGACGCUUCCACCUGUAUGAGGGUUACCCCAUCCAGAAGAUCACGCUGCCCAUGCGCAUCUUCAAGCUCCUCGGUGUGAAGACGGUGAUGCUGACCAACGCAGCCGGAGGCCUCAAUCAGGACUUUAAAGUGGGAGACGUCAUGAUCAUCAAAGACCACCUCAACAUGCCCGGCUUCGCUGGCAACAACCCCCUGUCCGGACCGAACGAUGAGAGGUUCGGUGUGCGUUUCCCCUGCAUGUCCGACGCCUACGACAGGGAGCUGCAGCAGCUGGCGAUGGAUGUGGGACAUGAGUUGGGCUACAGUGACUUCUUGAAGGAAGGGGUGUACUGUGUGCUGGGCGGGCCCUCGUUCGAGACCAUCGCUGAGUGCCGUAUGCUGCAUCGCCUGGGGGCUGACGCUGUCGGCAUGAGCACCGCCCACGAGGUGAUCGUCGCGCGCCACUGCGGCAUGCGCGUCUUCGCCCUCUCGCUGAUCACCAACAAAGCGGUGAUGGACUACGACAGCGAGGAGAAAGCCAACCACGAGGAAGUCCUGCAGACCGGCAAGCAGAGGGCGGAGCAGCUGGAGAGGCUGGUCUCCACCAUGGUGGUCAAAAUGGAGCACAACACCAACGAUGCUUGAGAGAGAACAUGCUCGAGACAGGCACUAGGUCUAGUCACAGGCUAGAUUUUGUCUUUGUAAAUAAUUUCGUUAAUGGAUAAUAGCGAUUUUAAGUGGUUAAGCUUCCCUUUUAAUCCUGUUAGCCAAAGAAAAUCCCUAUUUGUUUUUGCGAUCAGGUUAAAGAUGGGUGUUUGUUUUAGGGCUAGGUAAAAUAUCGAUAUUUUAUUGAUAUUGUGACAUGAGGCUGGCAUCAUCACGGAUUUUGUAGUAUUGUGAUAUAGCAUUAAGUCAUGGCUUUUCCUGUUUUUAAAGGCUGCAUUACAGUAAAGGGAUGCAAUUUGCUGAACUUAUUUAAUUGUUCUAGCUGUUCCAUUAUUGUAUCCAUAUUACUAAUCAUUGUUUAUCAAAAAUGUAUCGCAAGUGUAUCGCUGAUAUUUUAUUGUUGUUUGUAUCACCCAGCCCUCGUGUGUUUUAAGGCUUCAGGUCAAUGAUAGCGUUAUAGUCAUUGGAGGAAUUUCAGACAACACUGAAGGAUCGGUCAAACCAAACAGAUGAAUCCCCACAUUUGUACAUUCCUUCAACAAGUGGCUUCAAAGAAAGAAAAAAAAAAAGAAAGAAAAAAGGUCGCCUCUCAGGUUUUUGUAUCCUUUUAAAGGAGCAUCUCUGUUUUAACUUAAUAUUUGAC